CUUAAACCACUUCCUAUUCAGUUGUUGAAAGAUAGAGAUUAGGCUUUCUAAAUGAGAUUGAGUUCCACGAAUAUGCAAGCUAGAAAGAUUCUAUUUGCUGCUAUUCUAUCUAUUUGGGCAUCAAGUUCAAAGAAGAUCUUAAUUUAUAAUGAAGAAAUGAUAGUAGCUCUAUGUUUUAUAGGCUUUAUCAUAUUCAGUCGGAAGAGUUUAGGUAAUACUUUCAAAGUGACUCUCGACGGGAGAAUCCAGGCUAUUCAGAAAGAAUCGCAGCAAUUCCCCAAUCCUAAUGAAGUAGUUCCUCUGGAAUCCAAUGAACAACAACAAUUACUUAGGAUCAGCUUGCAAAUUUGUGGCACUGUAGUAGAAUCAAUACCAAUGGCACGUUGUGCACCUAAGUGCGAAAAGACAGUUCAAGCUUUGUUAUGCCGAAACCUAAAUAUUAAGUCAACAACACUUCUAAAUGCCACUUCUUCCCGUCGCAUCCGUCUUCAGGACGAUAUAGCCAUAAAGAUGCACGUCUUAGUAGGGAAAAUAUUUUGCCCCUGGUGUAGCUCGAAAGCAGAAAGAGUAGAAUUCAUUCGAGAGAGCUUGGUGGUCUUAAGAAUGGUUCAGGUGGGGGAUUCUCUUAAGAAUAAAGAAUUCGAAUAGAAUCUAAUUCAUGUUCAUGUUAACAGAAGAGCGGAUCCAAUACCAAGAUGCU